AUGGUACCGCUCUCGCAGCCAGCCACAAUCCGUAUCGCAGACGACGUGCAUCCCAAAGAUCUACGGCUCUCCGAGUCCGAGUCGCGAUUCCGGCCGCUGACGAGAACCGACACGACGGCGCUUGCGGGCGGUAUCUACUCGACGCGCGCUCUCUCGCGGGCGACGACCCAGCGCAGCAUCUCGCUCGACAGGCACCGCACCGACGCGUUCGAGGAGGAGGGCGACAACUGGCGGGAGAGCGAGAAGCCCAAGGUCAAGCAGAUCUACAAGGGCACCACUCUGCUCUGGCUGGCGUACCAGUCUGUCGGCGCCAUCUAUGGCGAUAUCGGCACCAGUCCUCUCUACGUUUUCUCGUCAACCUUCACCAAGGACCCGGACUAUGACUCUGUGAUCCAGGUGCUGUCGCUGGUUUUGUGGUCCAUGUCGAUCAUGGUUACAUUCAAAUAUGUCUUUAUCAUUCUUCGCGCGGAUAACGAGGGCGAGGGUGGCACGUUCAGCUGCUACUCUCUCCUCACUCGAUUUGCAAACCUUACAGAGCGCGAUCCUCGCGAGGCGCCAUUGAUUCACAUGGAACGGCAUCUGACAGGCAACUUGAGACCCGCAAAUGGAAAGAUCCGUUCGGCCAUUGAAGAGAGCAGGUUCUUCCGAGGUCUCCUCAAGACAAUUGGCGUCCUCGCGGUAUCCAUGGUCUUGUCCGAUGGCGUCCUCACACCAGCGCAGUCGGUCCUCGGCGCCGUUCAGGGUCUCAACGUGGUCAAGCCUGAUAUCAGCAGCUCCACGGUUGUGGGCACGACCUGCGGCAUCAUUAUCCUGCUCUUUGCGAUCCAGCCGCUGGGCCUGUCUCGGCUGGCCAGCAUCUUCGCCCCCAUCGUCAUCCUGUGGCUCGGGUUCAACGGCGGCUUUGGCAUCUACAACCUCGUCAAGUACGACUAUACCGUUCUCAAGGCCUUCAACCCUUACUACGCCUUCCAGUUCUUCAUCGUGAACAAGACCGAGGGCUGGAAGAUGCUGGGCGGUGUCCUGCUCUCCUUCACGGGUGUCGAGGCCUUGUUUGCUGACCUGGGUGCCUUCUCGAUGAGGGCAAUUCAGCUGAGCUGGAUGUGCUAUACGUACCCGUGCCUGCUGCUGGCGUAUACUGGACAGGCUGCGUACAUCAGCGCGCACCCUGCGGCAUGGUCAAACCCUUUCUACAACUCUGUGCCCCCUGGCAUGCUGUACCCGAGUCUGGUUGUUGCGGUGCUGGCUGCGGUUGUUGCCUCGCAGGCCAUCAUCACAGCCACGUUCCAGCUCAUCAGCCAGAUCAUGAAGCUCUCGUACUGCCCGCAGGUCAAGGUUGUGCACACCUCCAAGACGUUCCACGGACAGCUCUACGUGCCCUUUCUGAACUGGCUCCUCAUGAUCGGCACCAUCCUGGUCACGGCCAUCUACUCCAACACGACGCGCCUGGGGAACGCAUACGGCGUGUGCGUCAUGUUUGUCACCUUCUUCGACACGUGCAUGGUCACCCUCGUGGCGCUCAUCGUGUGGCGCAUCUGGCCGUGGCUGGUCAUCCUCCCCUGGCUCUUCUUUGUGCUGCACGACGGCCUGUACCUGUCCUCGGCGCUGAACAAAGUCCCCGACGGCGCGUGGUUCACCCUGACGCUGUCCGCCAUCCUGGCCUCGCUGUUCUUGCUCUGGCGGUUUGGCAAGGAGAACCAGUGGAAGGCCGAGGCGGAGGACCGGUUCAAGCUCAACAACCUCGUCAUGAAGGACGCCGAGGGCAAGCUGCGCCUGACGCCCAAGUGGGGCGGCGACCAGCUGUCGCAGAUCCGCGGGCUGGGCAUCUUCUUCGACAAGACGGGCGUCAUGACGCCCUCCGUGUUUACGCAGUUUGCCUCCAAGCUGGUGGGCGUCAUGGACGUGACCGUCUUCUUCCACCUGCACCCUGUCGAGGCGCCCACGGUGCCGGACGACCAGCGCUACUCCGUCUCCAAGUUCACCACCAUCCCGGGCUGCUACCGCCUCGUGGUCAAGCACGGCUUCAUGGACGAGGUCAUCUCGCCCGAUCUGGCGGCCCUCAUCUACGAAAAAGUCCGCGCCUUCAUCAUCCGCCAGGCCCGCUCCGGCGAGGCCCUCCCCGACGGCGAGAGCGAAAUCGACUCGGCCUCCAGCGCCAUCGAGAACGUCGAGAGCCCCACCAACGACAACAGCCCGUCCACCGCCACCACCACCAGCGCCGACGUCGCCGUCCUCAAGAACGGCAUGCUCUCGCCAACCCACCAGCUGCCUGUCGAGCUGCGCGAUGAGGUCGUCGCUGCCGAGCUGGCCAGGCUCGACAGGGCGUAUGCUGCCAAGAUCAUGUACGUCGUCGGCAAGGGCCAGAUGAAGAUCCGUCCCGAGAGCAGGAUCCUGAGGCGGGCGGUGCUGUCGCUGUUUCUGUGGAUUCGGGAGAACACGCGGGGCAAGAUUGCGAACUUGAGGCUGGCCCAUGAGCGUGUGAUGGAGGUGGGCUUUGUCAAGGAUAUAUGA